AGCAUCCUCAUAACAUCCUGCUUGUCUUUUAAUGCAGAACGCUCCUUAAUUUCCCUUUGGAAUCAACAAAGUACCAAUCUGUCACAGGUAUGGAAAGAACCCAACAGCAGCACCACCAAGUCAGGAUUGACUCAGUCUUUAUUAGAAGCAAACAGAGCACUUCAGCUAGCAAAUGAGGCAGGAUCUGGAAUCAACAGACAGGGUUACCGAAGCUUAGACAAGGAGAUGUCCUAGGAAGGUCAGGUCUGGAUCAAAUAACAGGUUCUGGGAAGUGUUCAUGAAGCGAAGACUGGCACUCCCUGGCAAGAGUCAAGGGAGUGCAGCUGAAUACAACCCCUGGCAAAAAUUAUGGAAUCACCAGUCUCGGAGGAUGUUCAUUCAGUUGUUUAAUUUUGUAGAUAAAAAGCAGGUCGCAGACAUGACACAAAACUAAAGUCAUUUCAAAUGGCAACUUUCUGGCUUUAAGAAACACUAAAGGAAAUUCAGAAAAAAAGAUGUCGUAGUCAUGUGUAACAUAUAGUUACUUUUUUAGACCAAGCAGAAGGAAAAAAAAAUAUGCAAUCACUCAAUUCUGUAGAAAAAAAAUGAAGGAAUCAUGAGAGAAAAAAAAAAACAAUGACAAAAGAACACUUCAACACACCAUUAGUAUUUUGUUGCACUGUAGCAGUUGAAGGAUGACUGAGGCGCAGGUGCUCUACACGUCUUUAUUAGUCCGUGACAACAGCAACAGAGAGUGAACGUGGCGCUGAGCGCCAAACUCUAUGGGCACUUAACACGCCCCUUUAUCCAUAACCCUACUGAGUGAGAGGUAUGCCCCUCAGUGCCCGCCACAGCAAACAUUUUUUGCCAGGGGUUGUAUAUAGGUAGCAGUGGUUGAGCAGAUUAAAGGAACAAAGGCAAGAGUUGAACAUAUUCAAGGGACAGACAGUUUUGAAGGCUUCAUCAACUCAUUAGAGAGCCGCUCGCCGCCUCAUUUGGGAGUUAUUGUUCUAAAGAACGAAAAGGUAACCCCUCCCUCCAUCGUCUGAUAACUGCUGGGAUUGUCUCUAGAUUAGAGGUCCCAAAUAGAUGUGUUAGAAAGUGAAUGGUUCCUUGGUUAAACAUGACUUUAUAUUCUUUGUCAGUUACCAUUUCACUCAUUUGAAUACAACAACUGAGAUACUGAGCUAAAAUUUGGUUUUUAUCUUUUGCAGAAUGCGUGAUUAACUUCCCAGGCUGCCCUGCAACUAUUCUGCUCAAGCUUGCCUUCAUGUGUCUCACAAUGCUAUGCCUUUAUUUAUUUUUUUAUGUUACUUACAACAAGCCCAGCUACAAAGGAGUCACGUUGUGGUCUUACCAGGAGAAAGCCAACCACUCCUGUCAGUGCACACAGGACAAAGUCCAGCAGCCACCUCCAGCCGAAAUACAGGUAGAAUCCAAAGAGGAUGUCAUAGUGCUAAUCUGGAUGUGGCCCUUUGGACAGAGACAUCCUCUCAACUGUAAUUCUUACAACAUCACAGGGUGCACGCUUACAAUUGAUAAGUCGCUUUAUGAAAAGGCCGAUGGUGUCAUUUUUCACCACAGAGAUAUUCAUCCUGGUACUAUGCCAACAGAGCCACGCCCCUGGUUUCAAAAAUGGAUCUGGUUUAACAUGGAGUCACCCGUGUACUCAGGUGUAUUACCAAGUCUUGAUAAUGUAUUCAACUUGACCAUGAGUUAUCGACUUGAUUCGACCAUCUUAAUACCUUACGGUACUCUGGAACUACUGCAAUCCAAAAGAGAGUCUUUAGAACUGCCGGCAAAGAACAAGCUGCUCUGUUGGAUCGUUAGUCACUGGGAACAACGUUUAGAGAGAGUACGGUACUUUCAAGAACUGAAAAAAUAUAUCAACGUAUCACUUUAUGGAAACGCUUUUGGGAACGCCGUGGGAGACGAUGAGUACAAGGACAUUGUAUCCAGUUGUAAAUUUUAUCUGGCAUUUGAAAACUCUGUUUGCAAAGACUAUAUUUCGGAGAAAUUAUUUCUCCCUUUGGAAUUAGGGACUGUACCUGUAGUUCUGGGGCCUCCGAGGAAAAACUAUGAACGUGUGGUUCCUCCUGACUCAUUCAUUCACGUGGAUGACUUUUCCUCUCCAAAACAACUGGUAGAGAGGCUGCUUUACCUUGACCAAAAUAAUGAGGAAUACCUGAAAUUGUUAGAAUGGAAGAACUGGUUUAAAGUGAUACAUCAUAAAUUUGGUCAUGAGGCUGCCUGCAAAACCUGUAGAUACCUGCAGAUAAACAGAGGCUACCAGGUUUUUCAUAAUCUUAAUAAGUGGUACUGGGACUAACAAAUUUGCCGCCUCCAUGAGAAAAAGGUAAUGCUUUCCUUUUUGUUUGUUUAUUUGUCUUUAAAUCUAUUGAUUAAA